AAAAUGGCCGCUCCUGGCAUCAACAGCAGAAGAUGUGAUAGAAAUGUUGAUUUUACAAGCCACACACAGAAAAACAUGGAAAUUUUCGUUCAGUGAGCUUUCCCGAAGCUCACUGAACGCAGCAUCGAUUCUUGGACGGCAGGGAGUCCUCUUGGCGCCUCUGCUUAUCUUUGGCUGCGUCGCCUGUAGACGCUGCAGUGGGUUGAGUGGAGCGGCGGUGAAUCCUCUUGGUCCGCCCGUUGAUCUUCGGCUCCGCCGAGCAGAGAAGCUGCGGCGGAGCUCAGAGUCAAGUUGGAAACUGCAGCGAUGCUGAGGACUUUGGUGCCGCUUCAGGACCGACUUGUUCUGGGGAAAACCUUCACCUAGAGGAGCCGCUGCCUGCCGCACUCAGACCCAACUUUGUUCUGGACCGAACCCGCUGCAGGACGGAGGGAGGAGGACGAUGGGGGUCGGCCUUUCUCCGAGCCUCACUCUGCUGUGCCUCGGCUUCGUCUCCGGGGUUCGAACCCUCAACCCCGACGACCCCAACGUGUGCAGCCACUGGGAGAGCUACGCGGUCACCGUGCAGGAAUCCUACGCCCAUCCCUUCGACCAGGUUUACUACACCCGCUGCACCGACAUCCUCAACUGGUUCAAAUGCACCAAACACAGGAUCAGCUAUAAGACGGCCUACAGGAGAGGCGUGAGGACGAUGUACCGCAGACGCUCACAGUGCUGCCCCGGGUUCUACGAGACCGGAGAACUCUGCGUCCCGCUGUGUACGGAGGAGUGUGUCCACGGCCGGUGUGUUUCUCCGGAUACCUGCCAGUGUGAGCCGGGCUGGGGGGGGCUGGACUGCUCCAGCGGCUGUGAGAGCGACUUCUGGGGCCCCCACUGCACCAACCGCUGCCAGUGCCGCAACGGGGCCAAAUGCAACCCGAUAACCGGCGCCUGCGUCUGCACCGACGGCUUCCAGGGCUGGCGCUGCGAGGAGCACUGCCACCACAACCUCUACGGCAAAGACUGCAUGCAGGAGUGCCAGUGCCUCAACGGCGCCACCUGCCACCACCAGAGCGGGGAGUGCCUCUGCGCGCCCGGCUACACCGGCAGCUUCUGUGAGGAUCCCUGUCCUCCAGGUAAACACGGCUCCAUGUGCGAACAGCGCUGCUCCUGUCAGAACGGAGGAACCUGCCAUCACGUCACCGGGGAGUGCUGCUGCCCGCCCGGCUGGAUGGGUCCGGUGUGCGCCCAGCCGUGCCCCUUCGGCUGGUUCGGCAUCAACUGCUCCGAGGAGUGCGCGUGUCGGAACGGAGGCCUGUGUGACCACAUCAGCGGCGUGUGUCAGUGCACCGCCGGCUACAUCGGAGAGAGGUGCCAGGAGGAAUGUCCGGUGGGAACGUACGGCCCGCAGUGCGCCCAUAAGUGCGACUGUCUGAACGGGGCCCGGUGCUUCCACAUCAACGGGGCGUGUCUCUGCAGCGAGGGCUUCAAGGGCCCCAGCUGCCAGCACCGCUUCUGCCCCGCCGGGCUCUACGGGCUGCUCUGCGACAAGAUCUGCCCCUGCCAGGGCAACAACACGCUCAGCUGCCACCCGCUGUCGGGGGAGUGCACCUGCGCCGCCGGGUGGGCGGGGCUUUACUGCAACGAGACCUGCCCCGCUGGUUACUACGGCAACGGCUGCAAGGAGCCGUGCAGCUGCGCCAACGGAGCCGACUGCGACGGCGUCAGCGGCGCCUGCGUCUGCGCGCCGGGCUUCAUCGGAGACGACUGCUCCAUCAGCUGUCCCCCGGGUCUGCACGGCACCAACUGCUCCGCCGCUUGCUGCUGCCGCAACGAGGCGUCCUGCUCGCAUGUGGACGGCUCCUGCAUCUGCAGAGAAGGCUGGCAGGGCGUGGACUGCUCCAUCCCCUGCUCCAGCGGUUCCUGGGGCUCCAGCUGCAACCAGACGUGUCAAUGCGCCAACGAGGCGGCCUGCCACCCCGUCAACGGCUCCUGCACCUGCUCACCGGGCUGGAGGGGCGAAUACUGCGACGUGCCCUGUCCCGACGGGUCCUACGGUUUGGACUGCAGGGAGAGAUGCGACUGUCUCCAUGCCGACGGCUGCGACCCGCUGACGGGAACCUGCCGCUGCCUCGCAGGCUGGACCGGCGUCCACUGUGACAGCGUGUGCUCUGAGGGCCUCUGGGGGCCAAACUGCUCCUCCAGCUGCUCCUGUGAGAACGGAGGCUCCUGCAGCCCAGAGGACGGCGGCUGCGUUUGUGCUGCAGGAUACCGCGGCACCAACUGCAGGAGAACCUGCUCCCCAGGGUCCUACGGCCUGCGCUGUGGCCAGCCGUGUCCCCAGUGCGUCCACAGCGACGCGCCCUGCCACCACGUCACCGGGCGCUGCGACUGCCUCAGCGGAUUCUUCGGCUCCCUCUGCAACCAAGUUUGUCCCAGCGGGAAGUUCGGUAAGGCCUGCGCCGAGUCCUGCGUCUGCACCAACAACGGCACCUGCAACCCGCUGGACGGCUCCUGCCAGUGCUACCCCGGCUGGAUCGGAGACGACUGCUCCAAACCCUGUCCUGCAGGGUCCUGGGGUCCAGACUGCCUCCAGCUGUGCAACUGUCACAACGGAGCCGAGUGCAGCGCCGCGGACGGAGAGUGUUCCUGCAGCCCCGGGUGGACCGGACUCUACUGCACGCAGCGCUGCCCGUCGGGUUUCUACGGCGUUCAGUGUUCAGAGGUUUGCCGCUGCCAGAACGGCGCCGACUGCGACCACAUCGGCGGCCAUUGCUCCUGCAGGACGGGCUUCAUGGGGCCCAGCUGUGAGCUCAAGUGUCCGUCAGGGACGUUUGGCUACGGCUGCCAGCAGCUCUGCGAGUGCUUGAACAACGCCACGUGCGACUACGUGACGGGAACCUGCUACUGCAGCAUCGGCUUUAAGGGGAUCCGCUGCGACCAGGCCGCCCUGAUGAUGGAGGAGCUGAACCCGUACACCAAGAUCAGCCCAGCGUUGGCGUCGGAGCGCCAGUCGGCCGGCGCCGUGCUGGGCAUCGUCUUCCUGCUGCUGCUCAUCAUGGCCAUGCUGGUUCUGGUGGUCUGGUUCCGGUUCCGGUACCGGCAGCGGGAGAAAGGCCAGCAGGCGCCCAGCGUCAGCUACACCCCCGCCCUGCACAUCGGCUCCACCGACUACUCGCUGUCAGCAGGGCUGCAGUGUGCAGGCCUGCUCUCCUCUGCAGACUCGUCUCCCAGCAGCAGCUCCGCCGCCGGCUGCUUCUCCAACCCCAGCUACCACACGCUGGGGCCGUGCGGCUACGCCGCACACUACGGCAAGCCGGACAAGAAGAGCGCCGCCCAGAUGAAGCCGAAGAAGAGAUUCAGGAACAGCGCUCCGGAGUGGGGCGCCUACUGCAACCUCACUGAUCUGGGAGUUUACUGCAUCGACCGGCGCCUCAGUUACCACCUGGAGCCGCCCUGCAGAGACUACAUGAAGGGCUCUCUGUCCAGCACCUGCUCCCUGAACAGCGAGAAUCCGUACGCCACCAUCAACGACCAGCCGGCGCUCUGCAAGCACGCCGAGAGCAGCUACGUGGAGAUGAAGUCGCCGGUGCGUCAUGAGCAUGCGACGCGCUGCUGCGCCGCCGCCAUCAGCAGCGGCGGCGGCGGCGUUCCGCCCGCCAGGAACGUCUACGACAUCGAGCCGACCGCCAGCGCCGCGCUGCUGCCCGGUUACCCUCAGAACCCGUACGACCUGCCCAGGAACAGCCACAUCCCGAGCCACUACGACCUGCUGCCGGUCCGGCCCAGCCCGACCCGCAGCAUCACCCCGCCGCUGCCCGGCAGCCCCACCAGCUCGCUGCUCUGAGCCCAGCGCCCUCACUGGGACGCUCCCAGUUCCACCAGUUUAUUUCUUCGUCACGGUGUUUGAGCGGCGCAGCGUCUGAACUUGAUGAACAGAACUUCAGAAGCGGGUCUGUUGUUCAAAGGAACUGAAGAACUGAAAGUUCCUGAACCGAAACUCGGCUCCUGACCAUGAAACCUCUUUGGGAACAUUUCUGCUAUUUUUACACACUUUCUUAUUUCCUGCUCACAUUCAGAGAUCCAGCAGGAAUCAAAGUUUCUCUUUUCUAUGUUCUAGAUAUAUCUGUCCUAGAUAUGGACUUCUGGAUAUUGUUGUGAUUUCCCUUGUUGUGUUGAGCUUCAUUCUCCUGCAUGCCAAAGAAAAAUAUUCAGAAACCCC